GUUUAUCCCGGAGGCCAAGUCCCGCUCAUCAACGAGCCAUCGAAACAAAAGACGUCGAUCCAGGAGCAGUGGGAGCGCAACGGGCAGUUCGAGCUCACUAGCAUUGAGCAGGAGACAUACGAGCGUUAUUUCUACGGCAGUGAACAUUGGAACUAUUUUACCCAGGACGAUGACUUAGGUCCUGUCAUACUCUCCCUCAAGCAGGAGACCACCAACGGCAGGGACCAGUUUAGGAUCAUGGUUCGUGGCAUCUCAUACACGGUGCACGGUAUGGUGCCUGAUGGCGUGUUUCUGAUGGAUGAAUGGCUUGAUAUUCGUAUCGUACAGGUGUUCAUCAAAAGCGAGCUUAAGGUGGGUGUGGUGUACGUCAAAGAGGGCCAGUACACAGAGGAAGAAAUACUCGACAACAACGAGAGCAGCGUCCUCUUCGACGAGUUCACGCAGAUCCUGGGCGACAAAAUCCGAUUGAAAGGUUUCGACAAGUACAAAGGCGGCCUGGACACGGUGCACGACCUGACCGGGUUGUACAGCAUCUACACGCACUGGCGCAGCAUCGAGAUUAUGUUCCAUGUGUCCAUGCUGCUGCCCUACGAGAAGCACGACCCGCAGAAGUUACAACGGAAGCGGCAUCUUGGCAACGACAUCGUUUGCGUGGUUUUCCUGGAGGCUGACAAUACGCACUUCAGUCCCGCCUGCAUCAAAUCUCACUUUCUGCACACCUUCAUCAUCGUGCGCACAAGUCCACGCAUCAAGUUCAAGCCCACCAGAUACGAGGUGGCCGUGGUGUCCCGGGAUGAAGUGGGAGCGUACAAGCCCUACCUGUGGGAGCAGGGCAGCUUCGAAAAGGGUCCUAUGUUUAGGGAGUGGCUGCUGACUAAAAUCGUCAACGGGGAGCGAGCGUCCUAUUCCGCUCCCAAGUUCGCCAGGAUGCAGGACAGAACUCGGUCGCAGAUGCUGGAGGACCUGGUCAAUAACUUGCAAAACCACGCCGAGACCGGCCAGAUACCCAAACCGUACAGACGCGGAUCGUGGCGUCCAAUUGGCCACAUGCGUCCCAGCUCUCCACUGCUGGACUCCGUGAGGGAUUUGUUCGAAGGACACGACCAGCUCGCUAAGGACUUUACUAAGGCCUUCCACAGCAGGGAGAACUCUUACAAAAACAUGCUUUAUGACAUCACCUUUUGGGUCGGCGUCGGCAGGGAAAAGACCAAACUCAUGGGGGUCAGGGCCAUACUGGGUGUACGCAGCAGGGUGUUCCAGGAGAUGUUGUACGGGUUCAGCACUGGCUUCGGGUCGCCGCAGGUUUCCGUAGCAGACAUCCUGGCCCGCGCUGUGCCUACCCUGCACUCCCCCACGCACAAGUCCAAGAGCUCCAACUUCCUCCAGGUGCCUGACAUCGAGACGCCACGCCCCAAGAGCGUCCCCAACUCCCCCAUGGUGAUGCGCGCCUUCUCCCGUCUAGGGACUCUCACCUCCGGCUGGGGAAGAUCCUCCAAGAAACAUGAGCGCCUCUCUGUUGAGGAUAAAAAGAAAUGGGCGUCCUCGCAGGACUGCUCAGGCAAGGAUGGCAAGGAGAAGUCCGGCAGCAGUAAGGACGGCGCGCUGGCCGUGCCACGACUGAGCGUAUGCGCCGACGUCGGUAAGGUGGACCGGACACGACUCUGCCAGACGGAGGUACGUGUCACCCCCGCCGUCAUCAUGGAGCCCCGGCAGAGCACGUUCUCAAUCAUUGAAUUCGAGGCGGAGACACUGCGUAUCCUGCUCGACUAUCUGCAUACGGGAUCCUGCCCCCUCACCUGCACUACAAUUCCUGGCCUCAUAUGCGCCGCGGAGCACUACGACCUACCAGAACUGCUGCAGGCUUGCUUCCACCACGCCAAGCAGUUCCUCAGGAUCGAAGUGGUUUGCAACAUGCUUAGCAGUCUGGAGAACUACUACUGGCGCUACACGUCUGAGAAGGAGUUACUAAUUGCGUAGCCUACUCUAAUACGGUUAAUACCUCGUUAUUCUCUGCAGGUAUUCCAAACAGAGGAGUUCUUGAGUCUGUCAGAGUCGAUGGUGCAGAUGAUGAUGGCCCGUAACUUGGAGGUGGCCGAGAUAACCAAGUUCGAGGCGAUGUUGACGUGGGCGAGGUAUCGGGUCCGCUCUCGGGGCACCAACAAGAUGGACUCGAGAGCAGAGUUCCGUGCCGUCAUGGAACGACUUACAAGGGAACUCAAGCUUUACAGAAUAUCUCCUCAGGACUUGAUAAAGACUGUGUUGCCGAGCAAGGCCAUCAAGAACGAAAGGAUCCUCGAGACGCUGAUGUACCAAGCCAACUCAGGCAUGUACCGCAUCCACGACUCGUACCUACAAGCUUGUACCCGCGACCUGCAUAAGCAGGAGUCUAAGUUCAGCGACUGGGAGUCUUUCGACUACGGCCUCUAACAAUCAACCAGACUAGGGUGGUCAACAAUUAAGAAUCUUAUAGGAACUAGCAAGUUGAAGAAUUUUCUUCCUAAUGAUCAAUUUGAAAUGGACGAUGUUGAGUGAGGUUUUUAAUCUUUGAAGCGUUUUUGUGAUUGAAGGUGAUUUACAGAGGGGGGAGUGAUCUCGCCUAUGUUGAAACUACGUAGUGGUCACGGUGUUAGGUGUAGCGAAACGGCGCUUUGAGUUUCAACAAUGUGCUUGUGGAAGAAAACGUAGUGCUAUGAAAACUAAAAUAAGAAGUGACAUGAAAUGUUGUUAAGUGAACUUAAAUGGCCCGCAAUGUCGUAUUCUGGAACAGAAGUAGGAGAUAGGAGUUGAGAUCAAAGAAUAUGAGAAUUAUAUGGGGCGAGAAGGCAGAAGAAGAAGAAGCGGUGAUUGAACAGACGUAGAACGCUUUAACUUUAGCACGGAUGAGGGGAAUUAUUCGUUUAAGCUAAAUAAUUGUCGUGUACUGUGCUUGAUGCAAGUGGAUGACACCAUAACAUCAUGCCGAGUAAUAAACUUUUUGGUUGUAAAGAAAACAUAUUAAAAACUGUUAGCUCUAUUUUUGGAAAUUAUAAUGCUUGAACGAUGUUUCUGUGUGUGUUUGUGUGAAUGUGUCGUUGGAUUUCAAAUGUUAUAGAUGCAGAUAAUUGUUAUCUUAAAGUUGUGAUAAGAUAAAGUUUCUGUAUGUCAAGCUAAA